AUGAUUCAUUAUUUUCUAGUAUCGGGUAGUUUGGAUUCAUGUCUCUUUGUUUGGCCAUUUAAACCUCAAGUUCGAGCAUAUCGUUUCGUUGGUCAUAAAGAUGCUGUUUAUUCUGUAUGUUUUUCUCCAUCAGGUCAUUUAAUUGUAUCGGGUUCAAAAGAUAAAACAGUUCGUUUAUGGAUUCCAAGUGUAAAAGGUGAAUCAACUGUUUUUAAAGCUCAUACAGCUGCUGUUCGUUGUGUUGAUUUUUCAAAUGAUGGUCAAAGUUUAUUAAGUUCAUCAGAAGAUAAAACUAUUAAAAUUUGGACUGUUCAUCGACAAAAAUUUCAAUAUUCACUUAAUCAACAUUCAAAUUGGAUUCGUUGUGCAAAGUUUUCACCUGAUGGAAGAUUAAUUGUUAGUUGUAGUGAUGAUAAAACAAUUAAAAUUUGGGAUAGAAAUACAAAUGAAUGUAUGCAUACAUUUUAUGAACCACAUGGAUUUCUUAAUAAUGUUAAUUUUCAUCCAAGUGGAACUUGUAUUGGUGGAGGUUGUUCAGAUUCAAGUGUUAAAAUUUGGGAUAUACGAACAAAAAAAUUGAUUCAACAUUAUGCAAAUCAUGUGGCAUCCGUGAAUGAUGUUUCGUUUCAUCCAAAUGGAAAUUAUCUUUUAACAGCAUCAAAUGAUGCUACUUUAAAAAUUUUUGAUUUACUUGAAGGACAUCUUAUUUAUACUUUACAUGGUCAUCAAGGACCUGUCAUAAGUACAGCUUUUUCAAAACAAGGAGAUUAUUUUGCAUCAGGUGGUCAAGAUCAACAAGUACUUGUUUGGAAAACAAAUUUUGACAUAAAGUCUCUAUCAGUUGAUUCAACUAGUAAUAAAUAUGCAAAUAGUACUGAUUAUAUUACAACAACACGAAUUUCAUUAGAAGAUCUAGAACAAACUAAAUCUCAAAUAACAUCAUUACAAGAAAAAUCUCAACCAGAAACAAGUGAUGAACGACAAGCACGAAAAAUUGAUGUGUUCAAUGGAAAAUCUACAAUGUCUAUGUUUAAUGAUGAUGAUCAUGUAGAAAUAACAAAUAUUGGAUCAGUUUAUAAAGAUGGCAUUUCUCGGUCGAAAAGUACUUCACUUAGUUUGAUUAAUCCAAAUGCUAUAUCAAAAAAAACAAAUCGAAAUACUCAUUCAACAUAUGAUAUUGAAAUGAAUAAUCAACAAACAUAUUCAUUUCAAUUAGCAAAUACAAUUGAUCAUAUUGUUCAACAAUUAGAUGUAUUAACAAAAACUGUAUCAAUACUUGAAACAAGAUUAACAAUGACUGAAAGUAAAAUACAAGAAAUUAAUAAGAUAGAACAAAAAAGCAAAUGA